GGAGGACAGGAGAGCAGAAGGGGAGGGACACCACCUCCUCCUCCUCCUCCUCUAAGGCAGCAACCUGGAGAGGAGCAGAAGGGGAGCUGCCCACCCAUCUCUUCUUGCCUGGACCAUAGAGCCCCAGAGGAGAACAAUUGGGCCCAGAAGAGCGCAGAGGCUUGCAGGGAGGCCUCCUUUCCCUCCCGGCUCAGCUGCGGAGGAUGAAUUAAAGCUCCUUCCUCUCCAGACUCAGCUGCCACUGAAAGCCGGCGUCGCUUGCUUCCAGCCAAAGGGAUGGCUUUCCCUGUGGACCUCUUGGAUAACUACAGUCACGCAGAUUUGGAGAGUUCUGGAGAAGAUUACCUUGCUGAUCUUAGGUGUGGGGAUCCAGAAAAUCCAGCAUUUCUAUCGUUUGGCAAUAAUGUCAAGAUUCCAAUUUGUUUAUCAACGGUAGGCUUCGUUCCCAUUUAUGGUGGAGAGGAGAGGCACAAAGUCCUUGCAUUGUUUGCGCCGGAGGAUUCACUUACAGCGGUUGCUCUAUUCCUCGCUCAUCAGUGGUGGACCAUUGAUGAUGUCUUGAGAACAUCUGCUUCUUCAAGAGAAGGACUUUUGCGGGCGAAGUCUAUUGGGGAGAGAGUGGUUCUUUAUGUGCUAAACAGAAUAAUUUAUCGCAAACAAGAAAUUGAGAAAAAUGAAUUGCCAUUCCUUUGUCAUGGCAGCCAUGAUUAUGCAAAGAUUUUAUGGAAGAAGGGAGAGGCGAUUGGAUUUUAUUCUGUUAAGCUCCCAGGAAGCAAAUGUGGUACCUUUCUUAACCUGAGCUACCAGCUUCCAGUCCUGGACACCAUGUUCGUGAGAAAGAAACACCGAGAAAAAGACUUUGGGUUGCUGAUGCUGGAAGAUUUUGUGGAUUCUUUCACAGAAAACAUACUGGGCCUCCGGUUCCCACUCUCACCUUUCAUGUAUGCUGCUUGCCAGAAAUAUUUCGAAAGGUACCCUGGAGAUCAUGACCUUUUGUGGGAAGUUGAAGGAAUAGGCCAUUGGCACCAGAGAACACCUGUAGCUAGCAUACUGCAGAGAGAUUCUUCAAAAUACAAAGAAAAUGAAAGUCACAUUUCCCAAAAUGAAGAUAAUCUUCUGCAGACUGCCAUAGACCACAGCAUAGCAGAUGAACAAGCAACUGAACCCAGUGAAGCACAGCAAAGUGUUGACGCCCAUAAAAGCAAAGAUGGCUUAGAUGUAUGUGAAGGCACUUCUGAAGAAAUCAAUGUCGUAACACUUCCUACUCGAUCACGAACCAAUCAUCUGAAACGUCCAAAACUGGGGAAAAGGAUACAAGAAUCUGAUAUUUCUGAAGGUGAAGAUGGAAGCCUUUCUCAAAUAUCAGAAAAAAGUCUUUGUUUUCCCUACAGAGCGGAACCUGUUGCACGUGUAUCUGAAAGUUCAGAGGAGUUGGUGGAUGAAACUGAAGAUAGUGUAUUUGAAAGUGAGCAAGGGAUACUAGUAGAAAAUCAGAAACAACCAACCCAAGAAACGUCAUCAUUAGCUGCUCCAUCUGAGAAGCAAGACGAUAAAGAGGAAACUGGUAUAGAGCCACUCAACGGAGAGCUAAUGGAAGAUGCUAUCAAAGUGUCAAUAGUAACUGAAGGACAAGCAGCUAGUGAAGUUAUGGAUGGAGAAUCAAAGCUCCAGUCGGAAGGUUCAGAUGAAGCAACUUUAACUCUGCUUGUUCCGUUAAUCUUGGAUUCAUCGGUAAAAUCUAUUGAAGACAGCGAUGAUAAUGAUUUUUAUAAGGAUGAGAGCAUGGCAGAGACGGAAGUGCCAGUGGAAGAGGAACAACAAGCAACACAGAAAAAGAGAGGGCUUGUUCAAAAUGCAGAUCCCAUUUCAGGAGCAGAGAAGGAGGAACCUUCCAAUAAUGGCCUUUCAAACUCUGUAGCAACGGAGGCACCAGAAGAUAAUGUUUCUGAGAAUGUGUCUCCCAACACAACCUCUUCCUUGGAGGAGCAAAGUGAGGAGGGAGGGUCCGACUCCCCAGAGGCCGCUGUUGUUUUGGGUCAAGGGGCUUUGAUGAUGGUUGAACUGGAGGACAUCUCAUACCAGCAGCAUUCAGAGGCACACAAGAACCAACUGGACGAUCAGUCUGAAGAGUCGGCUGAGCCAGCAUCAGAGAGAGCUGCCGACAGCAGUUCGGAGGAAGUGGAAAUUGAGGUGCCCAUAGUGGACAGGCGGACCUUACGAAGAAAGGCCAAAGGAUAUAAAGGGCCACCCAAGAAAAAGGGAAAGCUUGUUUGAAAGAAGAGCUGUUGUCACUCAGUUAGAACAAUGUGUUCCCUUUUCUAUUGUAAAGGACAAACUAAAUAGAACACCAGGAGACUCAUGUAUUCAGACACUGCUUUCAAACCUUAUUUUCUUUCUUAGGCUAUAUAUUUUUGCAUUUACUCAUUAUCCAAGGAGAUAAAGGUCAAGUACAAGGUACAUACUCUAUGUUGCUUUAAAAACAGUGGAAGUACCUAUUUUAGUACAAUGAUUUUGUAUCAGUCAUACUGGAGAUGUUGAACAACCAGGCAAAUGCCACCUUGGGUUUUAGCUACUACGGUAUCCAGUUUGGCUCAAUUUUCAAACUCAUAUGUAGAAUAUUUCUUUAAAAGUGGGUGAAAUACAUAUUGAUUAUCUGAUACUUACAUGUCACAUGGUUUUUUGGUCCACAGGAGGUAGCACUGAGAUCUAGGUAAGCAAUCUUGUGUCUUACUGGGAUUUGGACCACAACUCCCAUUAACUUAGUCAGUGGUCAGGAUUAUGGAUGCUGUAGGAUCAAAUGUGGAGAGCCCUGAAAUGCCCCUCCAUCCACCAAGUGGGGAAGGCAAACCUAGUCUGCUAUUAGGUUUCGCAUCAUGAUGUGGAAGGAUUAAUUGCAUGCUGUAUUAAGCCUUGAUAACUUCCCAAGCUUGUGCGGAACCAAUCUUGUGACUAUAGUUUUCUUUAAAAUUUGAAUCAUUAUUUUAUAGUAAAUUGAAGUCUUCUUUGAUAAUACCAAGGGUAAAAAAAUAUCUGACACUAUACAUGAUUAGAUUUGCUCAUCUCUCCUUCUUGUUUUCAGUUCUUUGUAGACACAGUAUCCCUGGUGCUUAAAUAUAUUCCCAGUUGUAGGAUCUGCAAAGCCUGGUUCAUAUUGAAAUCCUCUGCUUAUUUCACCUGUGAAUAGACUAGUUUUCUUUCACAAAUGAAAAUAGUAAUAUAAUUAAUAGACUGAGUAUAACUUAGAAUAGCAGCAUAGACACAGAUAAGAACCUCAAGAUUUGUAUGGUUACACUUUUUAUAAGUUGACAAGGUUUAUAAAUAGUCUAGAUCCAAUCUAACAGAGCCUCCCACCACCUGAAAUCCAGAUCCAAAUGGUUACUCAGCUUCCUAGAGCAGGUUUUUAGGGUGUAGAGAUAUCUGCAGUGUGGGAUCUAAUUUCCUCCUUGGAUUCUGCUUAUGGAAGCAUUCCUUUUAGUGGAUAUUCUCAUUGGAUUUAGGCCAGUGUCUUAUAUUAGAGGCAAGUUCUCUUUUAGUAUAUAAUAAUAAUGAUGAUAAAGCUUCAUUGGAAUAGCUAUGAAGUAUUUUCGUUUUAAUUUGCUAAGAAUUGGUCUAUUUUGACUUUCUGGUUGUACAAACUUUCUGAAUUUUCUAAGAACUCAGUUGCUUUUCUAAAACACUGUCUUGAAGAAUGUGCUGUCUUUUUCUUUAUAAAGCAUGCCACAAGAAGUUUUGGAUUUGAAGUGUAAAGAAGUGCUGAGUUAAGCCUGCAUUUUCAGGAUGUCGCACUUUUUUCUACUGAUGUACAUUUUGUAUAUUGUGGGUUAGGAAUGUAUUUGCUAAAGUAUGUGUUCAUAAGAAAACAUUCAAGUGUACUGUCAUCAUUUCUAAUUCUGAUUAACAGUUUAUGUCUCAUAGUAGUAAGGUCGUUUUUUUGUUUGUAAAUAGACUGACAAUUUGCAUUGGGUGUUUCUGAGGGUGAGAAUGGUUAAUUGCAAAGAAUUGGUGAACGGUCUUUUAACAGAUAUAGGAGGUGAAUGUUAGAUGUGUUGGACUAAACCUUAAUAAAGUAAACCUUUAACGAAACUGCUAUGUAAAUCAAAGCCAUGCUUUAUGAAGUGGCUCAAGUCUGUAUUCUGUGAUGGCUAGCAAGUGGUGUGCUCCAAAUUAUUGUGUUUUCCCCAGAUCAUGUAUUUGUCUUGUUACAUUUAAGGCCACAAAGCAUUGUUCGUAGAGGCCAUUUUAUUUUGAAACUUAAAAUGGUCUGUGAUAGAAUUUCUUCUUACCAAUGGUUCAAUUUCUCAAUCCUUCCGAGGUCUUGUACUAAUAUUAUGAAACCCAAAGGAAACACUCAUAUCAAUACCUGGUACUUCCAGGAGCACUAAGAUAGGAUUGCUUUGUAUGUAAACUGGAAUCAUUUCUAUCCUUGUAUGCAAAUAUGGAGUUUUCCCUUUUGCAGAAAUGUUAAGAAUUUUUCUGAAUUCUUGUUUACAACUGUCCGAACACAAUUUGUCUACAAAAUGCAUCUUUAGAAUAAGUCCACAGGAAAACCUAGAAUUGAACUGAAUGUAGACUUAUAAAGAACCACCAAGGAAUAUAAAACCUGAAAACCUUUCCUCCUGAUCCAGGUCACAUUUUGAUCACCUUUUUGCAUAAGUAUCUCAAUUCAGUAUUUGUAAGAAUAUUUUACUGCAACUGUUACUAAGCUAGAAAUGUCACUGCUGAAAAAACAAGCUUGUAAAACUGAAUGGAAACAUGACAGGGGUUUUGAUGUGUUAAUAGACACAUAAAAGACCUGUUAUGGCUAUAAAGGAAAAAAAUAGACCAAUUCUUUACUAGGAGUUGCAGCAGAUGUGACUAAAACAUGUUGUGUGUAGUGUAUUACUUACAAUUAAAAAGCAGUAUUACCCAUUCAGUUGUUUUUAGGUGCAGGUUAGAACCUAAAGAAAGUUAGUAUGUGAACUUCGCUCUUAGCUGUGUAGCUUUCUUGGAGCUCACUAUUUGCUCAGAUCUUACUGUCUUUUCUAAAUGUCAAGUUGUGAUUUACAUCCUGUGGACACAUCAUUUGCAAAAAGUUUAAUUUCAUGCAGAACUUUACUAAAUCAAUUGCAUGAACAGUAUAAGACUGUGUGUAAUAAAAUGUUUUACCAUUUA